AUGCCUGGAUCGAUUUCCUACCUCCCAAGAACCAUGAGGCUUCUUCUGCUGACUCUUGUUCUCCUUGCUCUUCUACCCCAAGUGAUACCAGACGAUGAUGUUGAUAAAAGAUGCUCGAGUCUUUUGGGAAUCUGCAAAAACAAAUGUGAAGAACUAGAAGUGGCUGUGGCCUCUGGCACUGGGACCACGAAGGAAACCAUUACAAUAGAGUAUGAUAUGUCCUCAGACUUCAUGGAUGUACUUACUUAA